GUCUCAAUGAUUAGCUAUCUGAAGUACCGUAGGAUUGGUUUAAAAUAAAUAGCACCAACUGAAAUAUGGUAAUUCAGUGUAAGAUUUCAAACAGGAAAGAUUUUAAACAUUUUUAGAAUGAAUCUUCUUCUAUUAUUUGGGUUUUUAAUAUGUGCAGUGAAUGCAAAAACUGUCGAACUGUUUAACGCUGAAGCAAUUAUAAAUGAAGUCAACUCUGCCAACACAACCUGGAAGGCUGGGCAUAACUUUGCUAAGGAUACACCAUUAAGGUACAUCAAAAAACUUCUUGGUGUCAUACCAUCAGAUGAGCCUAAAAUCCUAUUGCAAUUGAACAAACGUGUAACAAGUGACGAUGAACUUCCAAAUGAAUUCGAUGCUCGUAAAAAGUGGCCGAAUUGUCCAACCAUAAGCCAUAUUCAUGACCAAGGAUCAUGUGGAUCUUGCUGGGCUGUAUCAACUGCUGCAGUUUUUUCAGAUAGACUGUGCAUAUUUUCAGGUGGAAAAUUUACACUUCCACUUUCUUCUCACAACCUUUUAACUUGUUGCCCUCUUUGUGGCUACGGAUGUUCUGGAGGAAUGCCUUAUCCAACAUGGGAUUAUAUGAAAGACCAUGGUUUGGUCACGGGGGGUGAUUACAACAGUUCAGUUGGUUGCCAACCUUACCAAGUUCCAGAAUGCGAUCACUAUACAAAAGGAACAAGGCCCGAUUGUGCAACUUUACCAGAAUUUGAAACAGAUGAAUGCCAAAAGACAUGUUUAAACUCUGAAUAUAAAACCGAUUUCAAAAAUGACCGCCAUAAAUUGAAAACAAUUUUCUCUCUAAGCACAGACGUAAAAGAAAUUCAGAAAGAAUUAAUGACAAAUGGACCUCUGGGUGCCUCGAUCAAGAUAUACUCUGAUUUUCCAUACUACAAGAGUGGUGUUUAUCAGCAUACAUCUGGGAAAUUACUUUCAGAUCAUGCUAUAAGGCUUCUUGGUUGGGGAACGGAAAACGGAACUCCGUACUGGCUUGUCGCCAACUCAUGGAACACAAACUGGGGCGACAAAGGCCUCUUCAAAAUACUAAGAGGGCUAAAUGAGUGUGGAAUCGAAUCGAAUGUGUAUGGUGGUAUACCAGAUGUAUAAAUGUUAAAAAUUGAUGAAAUUAUUAUUAUUUGUUGUAUUAUAAUAAAUUCAUUAUUGUUUUUUUAA